AUGGCUUCAACCAGUGCUCAGACUCAAAAUAUCCCGCAGACGUCUCUCUACGUCGGCGAUUUGCAUCCCGAGGUCUCUGAGUCGCUCCUCUAUGCUACUUUUUCGACCGCGGGACAUGUGUUGACCGCCCGUGUUUGCCGAGAUGUGGCACUGCACACGUCUCUGGGAUAUGGAUACGUUAACUUUGAAAACCCAAAAGAUGGUUUGUCAAUUUUUACGUUGAUUUAACUUUCCCAGCCGAGAGGGCGCUGGAGAAUCUGAACUACGAGUCCCUUUUUGGUCGGCAAAUCCGUAUUAUGUGGUGUCAGCGUGAUCCGUCUCUCAGGAAGUCUGGUCGUGGCAAUAUUUUCAUAAAGAACUUGGACAAGAGCAUUAACCAGAAAGAUCUCUAUGACACCUUCUGUAACUUUGGCAAAAUCCUAUCCUGCAAGGUAACUGACCUACUUGAGUUUACAUUAUCUAGAUUGCGAUGGACGAGAAUGGAGUUUCAAAGGGCUACGGUUUUAUUCACUAUCAAAAUGAGGAAUGCGCCGAAGCUGCCAUUAAGGCUGUCAACGGAAAGAUGAUUAAUGACAGAAUUGUCUAUAUUGGACCCUUCAUUCCACGCAGCGAAAGGAAAUCUGCUGGAGGCAAAGCUAAGUUCACUAACUGCUACGUAAAGAAUUUCGGCGACGAACUUGACGAAGAAGGCCUCAAGAAACUUUUUGGGGAAUAUGGGGAGAUUAGGAGUGCCUGCAUAAUGCGUGACAGUGACGGGAAAUCCAAGGGAUUCGGUUUUGUCUGCUUUGCGGAGCCCGAGAGUGCAGAGUCCGCUGUCGAGAAACUUCAUGGAAAAGACAUAAAUGGCCAUUCCCUGUACGUCAGCCGGGCCCAGCGGAAGGCGGAACGCCAGGAAGUUCUUCGACAGCACUUCGAAAAACAGCGCGCAGAACGCCUCUCAAAGUAUGCUUCGGGUGUGAACCUUUAUGUCAAGAAUCUGGACGACAGUAUUGACGAUGAACGGUUGCGAGAGGCUUUCAGUCCGUUUGGAAAGAUUACCAGCGCUAAGGUAAUGACAGACGGCGCCGGACACUCCAAGGGGUUCGGAUUUGUCUGUUUCAACACUCCUGAAGAGGCCAAGGAAGCCGUCAACAUGAACGGCAACCUCCUGGGUUCAAAGCCUUUGUACGUUGCUUUGGCUCAACGCAGAGAAGACCGCCGCCUGAAGCUCCUUGCAGAACACCAGCAGAGACUUCAGUACCACGCCAACGUUGGUAAUAUGUCGGCGGCCCAUUCAAUCACGAAUUUCUUUGGUCAACCGACUUUCCCGCCCACACAGAGGUUCUUCUCCACCGGACCUCCACUUGCAUCCCAGCCAAGGUGGAACCGUGCCGGCUUUACGGGCCCGCAAGUUCCACUGGGACACCCAGCCAUGAACGCCGCUACGGCUCUUAGACCUCCACUGCCUGGCCAGUAUGUUGCGAAUUCCGGUGCAAUGGCCAUGUCUCAAACGCAGAUGGCUCAGGCAAGCAUGGUAGCACCGCAGUACCGAACUCAGGCUGCUGCUGCUGCCCGCGCGCUCGUCUCCGGCACUGUUCCUUCCGGCAUGAGUGCGGCAUCAAUGGGAAAUCCAGCCAACCUGAUUGCCCCAGGAGCUGGUGGUCCGCAUCAACAUUACAACGGCCAGCGUGUCAACCUCGCCCCUCAGAUGGUUCAGGGGACAAAUCAGGCCGUACCGCGGCCAACUAUGGCUGCAGUGACUGCCGGCACGGCUCGGGUACGUGCACACAUUUCUCCAUAUUUUCCAAAUCCUUAUCGCUCAUAAUUAUAUCUUCUACUGUUUUUGUCUAGCCUCCACCAACCAACCAAAUGCACCGUCAGGUGUUGCAGGCAACUGUACCUGGGGCCGCUUCUACCGCCGUCAGGUUCCACAAUACUGCUCGCAACGUAAGUGCGCAGCCACAACAAGUCCUUCGAUCAGGUCCACGUCCUGCCGGAGUUGGCGACCAACCGUACGCGUCAACACUGCCCAAUUUGAGCAGCCUCUCGGAGCAUGAGCAAAAGCAGUAUCUCGGCGAACAAAUUUUCCGCAAAAUCGAAAAGAUUCAUCCCGAACUCGCCGGAAAGAUUACAGGAAUGCUUAUUGGAAUGGACACAUCGGAGUUGAUUCAGAUGUGCGAAUCAGAUGAAGUUCUACGCAAUAAGGUAAAGCUGACUUCCCCCUCACUGUUAGUGUUAGUUGGCGCAGCAUUUGGUCUUUAUACUCCCAUUCCCGAUCUCCAUAGUUGUAUUUGCUUAAGUACUUUAUUUAGGGGGUUAGAGCCUUGCACAGCCCCUUACUUGGAAUGCCAUUUAGUGCGCAGUUCGGAGCCUUAUUUAAAUUCGGCGUCAUGGCGCUAGAGGAAGAUUGUCUAGGCACCUGGUUGUUGGCCGUCGUGUGCACAGUUAUCGGCCACGAAGGAGCGUCUCGACAACUUUCAUUUUGAAGCCAUUUCCACUUUAAACUUCUGCCCUGCCUUUAUUACCAGCCCACUUGUUACCCUGCCUUAAAUUUUCGAACAGGUCCAAGAAGGCAUUGCCGUACUCAAGAAGCGCGACGAAGUCAACUCGGCUGCACUUGAAUCCAAUGCCAACGCAGCGGGUCAAACUGGGGACUCUGCAAAAGUUGGCCCAACUGAUGGCGCUAAGCAGUAA